UGAGAUUAUAAGCAGAAUUUACGAUCCUCUAAAGGUAAGGGUAAGAAGGAUGGGUAUCAUUGCUAUAUUUAGCUACCAUCAUUCCACUCACCAGCCAAUCACAUAAUGGUAAGCGCUCACUUUGAUAUUAUGUCUCAUUUUUGUUUAUUGCAAGAUACAAGUUGUAAUAUCGUUUGUAUUUUUAUUUUAUCUUUGUAAUUUCUAAUGGUUUGCUGUGUUUUAGAUGAGCUACCUUUAAUGAGACACAUCUGCGUACAAGCUGUGCCGGACUCCGUAGCUAUUUCUGAAGGAAAGACGUUAAUACUUAAUUUUGAGUUUAUUACUUUUUACCCAUUACGUGAUCUUAGAAUGGAAUGGCGAAUCGGGACGGUAACACUUCAGCGCACCACCUUCUCACAAAAAGGGCAAUUGACUACCGCUAAGCUGGUGAUACGGAAGACACAACCAAAAAUGACUGGAAAGGUCUUUGGUUUUCUCUCUGUAAGGACUGAAACAAGCUUUGACCUACUGGCUAUAGUUCAGAGCUCCUGUGUGGUGUAUGAAUACAAAAACAAAAGUUCCCGAUUUAACAAAAUUCUAAAUAAUUUAAAUCGCCUAAAACAGGAGAAGGAGCUUAAUAAAUUGAUAAUAUCAGUCAACAAAUGGGCAUAUUUUAUUCGUAUUAAAAUACACGGAAAUGUAAUCUAUUCACAAAAACCGGACUCAAACCUUCGUAACCGAUUAUUAUUAAAGUCAAUAGUGCCCGCUCGAAGGCCUGGAACACCAUCGUGGGCCCAAUACUUUAAUAGCAUUAAAUGCAAACAAAAAGUCAAACGUUGCACCAAGCCCUAUAGAAAUAUUUAUGAUAUAGAUAUCUAUAUGAGUUCUGAAGAAAGCACUUCUUCUUCUACCAGUCAGCCACACUACAGUCCUCUUAUAAGGCCCGAGAUCCGGCAAAUUCGAAGAUUAUUACCCCCUAUACCCCGUAACUUGCCACAUCGUCAAGUAAGCCGUAGAGUAAUAAACAUGCCAUUACCGAGCCGCUGGUCACAUUUGGAGAGUGUACAACCUAUAUUGAGACUACGAUCAUUGCCAGUCCCCGUACGAACCUUACCAUACCCUCACCGGCUUAAUGGGUAUCUAAGACGAGAAGUGACACCCCAAGCAGGCCUGAGAUGUCAGCGACAGAACGAUGGUCUAAAUGUACCAGAUCCACCAAGACGCUACCCGGUUUGUCAGGAGUCUACAUAUAGAACCCACCGCCGUCUAAUACCACCGGUUCCACCAAGACGACAAUUAUUGCCCCAAUUUAAUAGAACGAACCCCGGGCUAGAUAGACCAAAUAGUCGCGAAGUAUUGUCCCAAGCGAUUGUUAGCAGACCACAGAAUUAUAAUAAUGAGUACCACCAACCAACCGUGCUAAGACUUUGCCAAUAUAAACCUGACCAUUUACAACUCACACCAACAGAACGGCGCUUAGUGACUCCCCCUUCAAAUCUUGGAUUACAAUGUUUCGGAGUAAAAUUUUACAGCAGCUUAACACCCAUCGUACAUAUGUCAUCAACUUCAUCAACACCAAGCACAGUACUUUGCAGGUCUCCGCCUAUAACAAAGACAUUAGUUUUAGAAGAAAAAAAUGAUGACUAUCUUUAUCACCGGCCUUAUAGAGAAAAGAAUGAAUUUGAAAGCCCAACGAAGAAAAACAUGAUAGAAUUAAAAAGCCCCCCCAUUUCUCCACCCUCUUUAAUAAUAGAACAAGAAGGUGGAGAAAACUUUUGUGGGCUUUUCGAAGACCUCGAAGAGCCCAUCAAAGUCAUGCCACCGUCAUCGUCAAAAUGGGUGCCACCAACGUGGGCUGAGGGGCUUUCCCCAUCUCCCGAUGUAGAAAUAGAGUCAUUCCAAGAAACCGUCGAUAACGAAGGUCAAGCAAGUGUAGUUUCUACAAAAACGGCUCCGCUUGAAGAACUUAAGGCUGUAGAUUCGGUGAUAACAUUCACCACAAAAAAUGCAAUACAUAUCAUAACUAUAGCGGAAGAAAACCAUGAUGGGCAGUUACCUAUAACAUACGCCAUUCCCGUGAGGCCAAGAUCACUGCCCAGAAGGAUCUUAGCGCGUUGUAUAAAGAUGUUCCGAUUCAGCCGACUGUUAGCGCGAGACCAGGCAGCGCCGGUGAUUGACGUAUAAAUCCUGUCACAAGACAUACCAGCUUGCACUGAUCCUGCUUCGUCUCACUGGAACCCACAUCAACUGACUUAAACUGGACCUAAUCAAGACUUCAAACACAUAUGUACAUGGACAUUCUAUGAUUUAAAUUAUGAUGCCAACUUAAAUGUGAAUAUGUUUAUAUCUACUACGACUACAAAUAUAAUGUAAACUAUCAUGACUCGGCUAUUGCCAGUCAAAAACAGUGACAAGAUCACAAAGGAAAAUAAUAACCAAAUAAACUAUAUACAGUCAAACGAAAAACUAACACAAAUACUAAAUUCUUACUACGCAACGAACCUGCGAAGAUGGAAACACAUAGCAAGGAUGUGUGAAGACACACAUGGAUAAUCGACACAUGAAAGUAGUACCAGCUCAAAUGUCCAACUACAACCAUCUAUAUAGGUACCGUGCGUACAAUUAACUUCUUACAUUAUCCAAACAACGAGAACCCAGUAGAAAGGUGAAUGGAGUUACAAAUACAGAGACAACAAAAGAUCAUCAGAGAGCCAUUACCCAAAGAGAUGAAGAUAAUUGUGAAUGCAAAGAGAUGAUAGACUGAGACACCUGAUUGACAAGAAAACCUACAGGGCUUCAUUGUAUAUAAUAGUAGUAAAUAAUUGUACAAUACCUUAUAAUAUCUAAUAAAAAUAACAUUUAAAAUAAAAUAAAUAGGUAGAUAUCAUAAUGAAACAAAGACAUACAAUUAUUAAAUAUAUUUUAUUAAUCGUAACUUUGCAAGUAUUUAAAUAAGAUUUAGAUUUAUGUGUACUAUAUAUAAAUAGGUAAUGUUAUAAUGUAUAAAGAUGAUUGUUAAUAUGUAUAUAUAUGUGUGUUUUUACAAAUUUUCUUUAUAAUCUAAAUGUGAACGAAAAUACAAAAUGUGAUCACUAAAAUGUGUUCGUCUUAUUUCAUUACUUUAACCUUAUAAAUAGACAAACAGAAAAAAACAAAAACUUAACAUUUCUAACUUUGUCAAAACAAAGUUAGGUCAUAAUAGUAAAAAAGUCAUAAAUAAAAUGCAUAGAAAAUAAAUUACAAUGAAAAGAAAAACAAAACAUUACUUUUAUCAUAAAUAUAUAUCUUCACACGUGGUGUUUCCUUUCCUGA